UUGGGACGCGAAAGGUCAUUCGUGCUCGCGCGAGGUUCUCUUCCCAGAAACCACACUUCCUCUGUAAACCUUACGAUAAUGGACGACUACGAAGAGUAUGAUAGGAAUAUGAAUGACGACGACGACAUGGACCAGGCUAUACCCGACGACGAAGAAGAGAUCACACAGGAAGAUGCUUGGGCAGUCAUUUCAGCCUAUUUUGAAGAGAAAGGGUUGGUCCGGCAGCAGCUCGAUUCCUUCGAUGAGUUUAUUCAGAAUACUAUGCAGGAAAUUGUGGACGAGUCUGCAGACAUUGAGAUUCGUCCCGAGUCACAGCACAAUCCUGGCCACCAGUCGGAUGUUGCUGAGACAAUAUACAAGAUCAGCUUUGGUCAGAUAUACUUGAGUAAGCCAAUGAUGACCGAAUCUGAUGGAGAGACUGCAACCUUAUUUCCUAAGGCUGCACGGUUGAGGAAUCUAACAUACUCAGCGCCUUUGUACGUGGAUGUCUCAAAAAGAGUCAUUAAGAAAGGUCAUGAUGGUGAAGAAGUUACUGAAACCCAAGAUUUUACAAAAGUUUUUAUUGGGAAGGUUCCCAUCAUGCUCCGAUCGAGUUAUUGCACACUGUAUCAAAAUUCUGAGAAGGAUCUGACUGAGCUGGGGGAGUGUCCAUACGACCAAGGAGGAUAUUUUAUCAUCAAUGGCAGUGAGAAGGUUCUUAUUGCACAAGAGAAGAUGAGCACAAAUCAUGUAUAUGUUUUCAAGAAAAGACAGCCUAACAAGUAUGCCUUUGUAGCAGAAGUUCGGUCUAUGGCUGAGUCACAAAAUAGACCACCCAGUACCAUGUUUGUACGGAUGCUUUCUCGAACCAGUGCCAAGGGGGGCUCUUCAGGACAGUACAUACGUGCCACUCUGCCUUACAUUAGAAAUGAGAUUCCAAUUAUAAUUGUGUUUCGUGCUCUAGGAUUUGUUGCUGACAAAGAUAUUCUAGAGCAUAUAUGUUAUGACUUCUCUGAUACUCAAAUGAUGGAGUUGCUUCGGCCUUCUCUGGAAGAGGCUUUUGUUAUCCAAAAUCAGCAGGUUGCACUAGACUAUAUUGGGAAGAGAGGAUCAACAGUUGGUGUGACCAAGGAAAAGAGGAUUAAGUAUGCCAAGGAGAUCCUUCAAAAAGAAAUGCUUCCUCAUGUUGGCGUAGGUGAAUUUUGUGAGACGAAGAAGGCAUAUUAUUUUGGUUAUAUAAUUCACCGGCUACUCUUAUGUGCCCUUGGCCGGAGAGCAGAAGAUGACAGGGAUCACUAUGGGAACAAAAGACUGGACCUUGCUGGUCCUUUACUUGGAGGCUUGUUCAGAAUGCUAUUUAGAAAGUUAACAAGAGACGUGAGAGGUUACGUACAAAAGUGUGUUGAUAAUGGAAAGGACGUCAAUUUGCAAUUUGCCAUCAAGGCGAAAACCAUUACUAGUGGCCUGAAAUAUUCACUUGCCACUGGAAACUGGGGGCAAGCAAAUGCUGCUGGAACAAGAGCUGGAGUAUCACAGGUGUUAAAUCGUUUGACAUAUGCAUCAACUUUGUCUCACUUACGAAGGCUGAAUUCACCCAUUGGACGAGAAGGUAAAUUGGCCAAGCCUCGACAGUUGCAUAAUUCACAAUGGGGAAUGAUGUGUCCUGCUGAAACGCCAGAAGGACAAGCAUGUGGACUGGUAAAAAAUCUUGCAUUGAUGGUCUAUAUUACAGUUGGAUCUGCAGCAUACCCUAUUUUGGAAUUUUUGGAAGAAUGGGGCACAGAGAAUUUCGAGGAAAUUUCUCCUGCUGUCAUUCCUCAAGCUACAAAAAUUUUUGUCAAUGGUUGUUGGGUUGGAAUCCAUCGAGACCCUGAAAUGUUGGUGAAGACUUUGAGACGGCUGAGGAGACGAGUUGAUGUAAAUACUGAAGUUGGAGUAGUUAGAGAUAUCCGUCUGAAAGAACUACGGAUAUAUACUGAUUAUGGCCGUUGCAGCCGUCCAUUAUUCAUUGUUGAGAAACAAAGGCUUCUCAUAAAGAAGAAGGAUAUCCAUGCUCUUCAGCAGAGGGAAUCUCCAGAAGAUGGUGGUUGGCACGAUCUUGUAGCAAAGGGAUUCAUUGAAUACAUAGACACUGAAGAAGAGGAAACUACCAUGAUUUCCAUGACAAUUAGUGAUCUUAUACAAGCAAGGAUCAACCCGGUUGAGGCUUAUUCUGACACUUACACUCACUGUGAAAUCCAUCCAUCAUUGAUUUUGGGUGUUUGUGCUUCAAUUAUUCCAUUUCCCGACCAUAACCAGUCCCCACGUAACACGUAUCAAUCUGCCAUGGGUAAACAAGCUAUGGGAAUUUACGUCACCAACUACCAAUUUCGAAUGGAUACUUUGGCCUAUGUUUUGUAUUAUCCGCAAAAACCUCUUGUGACUACUCGAGCUAUGGAGCACCUUCAUUUCAGGCAGCUUCCAGCUGGCAUUAAUGCGAUUGUUGCCAUUGCUUGCUACUCUGGUUAUAACCAGGAAGACUCUGUGAUCAUGAAUCAAUCGUCCAUUGACCGUGGAUUUUUUAGGUCACUUUUCUUCCGUUCAUACAGAGAUGAGGAGAAAAAAAUGGGAACUCUUGUAAAAGAAGAUUUUGGGCGGCCGGACAGGAGUAAUACUAUGGGUAUGAGGCAUGGCUCCUAUGAUAAAUUGGAUGACGAUGGUCUUGCACCCCCGGGUACCAGAGUAUCCGGUGAGGACGUUAUUAUUGGAAAGACUACUCCUAUUUCUCAGGAAGAAGCUCAGGGACAAGCUGCACGCUACUCAAGACGUGAUCAUAGCAUUAGUUUACGUCACAGUGAAAAUGGGAUUGUAGAUCAAGUUCUACUGACCACAAAUGCUGAUGGAUUGAGAUUCGUGAAAGUAAGGGUGAGAUCUGUUCGAAUACCUCAGAUUGGGGAUAAAUUCAGCAGUCGACAUGGUCAAAAAGGAACAGUGGGAAUGACUUACACACAAGAAGACAUGCCUUGGACUGUGGAAGGAAUCACCCCUGAUAUUAUCGUGAAUCCACAUGCUAUUCCUUCUCGGAUGACAAUUGGUCAGCUUAUUGAGUGUAUUAUGGGGAAGGUGGCAGCCCACAUGGGAAAAGAAGGAGAUGCUACACCAUUUACUGAUGUCACUGUGGAUAACAUCAGUAAGGCUCUGCAUAAGUGUGGUUAUCAGAUGCGUGGGUUUGAAACAAUGUACAAUGGCCAUACAGGCCGGCGGCUCUCAGCAAUGAUAUUCCUUGGUCCAACAUACUACCAAAGGCUGAAGCAUAUGGUUGAUGACAAAAUACAUUCACGUGGAAGGGGUCCUGUGCAGAUCCUUACGAGACAACCUGCUGAGGGUCGGUCACGUGAUGGUGGUCUCCGAUUUGGGGAGAUGGAGCGUGACUGCAUGAUUGCCCAUGGUGCUGCUCAUUUUCUAAAGGAGAGGUUGUUUGACCAAAGUGAUGCUUAUAGGAUCCAUGUCUGUGAGUGUUGCGGAUUGAUAGCCAUUGCAAAUCUCAAGAAGAGUUCCUUCGAAUGUAGGGGCUGCAAAAACAAAACCGACAUCGUUCAGGUAUAUAUCCCUUAUGCCUGUAAGCUUCUCUUCCAAGAGCUUAUGGCUAUGGCAAUAGCACCACGUAUGUUCACAAAGGAGAUCAAACCAUUAAAAGACCAAAAGAAGAAAGGAUCCUGAUUUCCUUCUGUAGCUUCUUGUCAACUCUCAUGUACUGGACGAUUUACUCGCAAACUAGCCGCUGGAGGCUGAAGGCAGUGACGACACAUCCCCUGAGAAAUUAGAACUAGUUGAAGCAUAGUUUUGUGAGAUAUGUCGCCACCUUAAGGUCCCAGUAAUGGGUUGGUCGAAAUUGGAUCAACCAACCGCCCAGGAGCUGUCUAUUCAUCCCAAGAUCCAAAGGUUCCUCGUGCUUCUACUUUCAUUAUAGAGAGCAAUUUGCUAGGUCGUGUAUGGGUGACCUACCCACUGCUGUCCAUAGAAACCCCCUUUUUUCACCUCAUAUUUAUUUCAGCAUAUCCGGAUUACCGUAUACGAGGAUAAAUCAUCGAGAUAUAAUGAGUUUUAACGUGCUUUAUGUAGCUGAAAUCUAUUCUGCCAGACAUCGAGUAUCUUCAUGUUAGUAAAUUGGAUUUACCCUCCUCUUUUUCA